UCUAAACUGCCUCCAAUUCCAGCCACACACAGCACUUUCCCCUCACUUUCUGCACUUAAUUCACCUCACCUCGACAUCCUCCUCCGAUAUAACCGACUGUCCGCGGAACCGAGCGCUGGGAUAACCGGAUAAACAGCUUUCUGUUCGGCGACCGCUUCGCUAAUUCACGGCAGCGUCGGCUUUCUGCGCCAAGAGAUGAUGAUGAUGGUAAUGAUGUGGACACCGAACCGCUGGUGAAUUUGCGCAGUAGUUUGGCUGGUCAUGCUGUGCUUUGGAGGGACGAGAGACACUAAGUAAACAAGCGAGCGGAGAGAAAGAAGGAAAACCGAAGCCUCCAUCAUGUCCCGCCAUCAGAGCCGAACCACCAGCCUGGAGGAGAAAGUGACCACGCCCAUUCACAGAAGCUCCGCCCCUUUGCAGAAAAGCUCCACACCCACGCACAAGAGCGCCUCCUCCUCCUCGUCCUCUCAGAGGGACAGCCGACAGGAGCAGGACAGUUGGGAGAUCAUCGAGGGUCUGAGAAUCGGACAGACUCAUGUGCAGCGGCCCGAGAAACAUGAAGGCUUCAUGCUGAAGAAGAGGAAGUGGCCUCUAAAGGGCUGGCACAAGCGUUUUUUCGUCCUAGAUAACGGCAUCCUGAAGUACUCCAAAUCUCCAGUAGAUAUUCAGAAAGGAAAGCUUCAUGGCAGUAUAGAUGUGGGUCUGUCAGUGAUGUCCAUCAAGAAACGGGCUCGCCGCAUCGACCUGGACACAGAAGAGCACAUUUACCAUCUGAAGGUGAAGUCUCCAGAUGUGUUUGACCUCUGGGUGUGUAAGCUGCGUCACCAUCGUCUGUUCCGGCAGAACGAGAUCGUUCGCUCUCCUCGGGACGCUACGCUACGAACCUUCCCUCCGUCUGCUGGCGCAGAGUCGCCCCAGAACACCCCGUCCAGCACACACCCUAACAAGGGUAAACCCAGUAGUUUUCCCUGGCAGCUGCCGCCGUCCUGCAGUAACGGGCAGAGUAAAGUGGCAGCCUGGUUGCAGGAGUCAGAAGAGAUGGACAAGUGUGCUGAAGAGCUUGCCUACUGCCAGUCCAGUCUUUUAGAGCUGAAUCAACUUCUGCAGAGUCUGGAGAUCUUACAGAGGACACAGUCUGCUCCCAACUUCACUGACAUGCAGAGUAACUGUGUAGAUUUGUCAAAGAAAGAAAAGCGCGUCAGCAGAAGAUGGAGGACUAAAAGUGUCAGCAAAGAUGCAAAAUUGCAGCAGCAGGUUCCCCUGAGUGCAAGCAUGUCUCAAGUGCGCCUCCACUCCUCCAAUCCUAACCUGUGUGCGGAGCUGGCCGAUUUCCAGACCCCCGUCACGCGUCUGACUGACGGCAUCGACAGCACCGGCGACUACAUCAAACUGCAGGAAAAUUUCUGCAUCAUUGCACAGAAAGUGCACUCUCUUCUGAAGUCUGCCUUCAACACUGUGGCCAUAGAGAAAGAGAAGAUCAAGCAGGUGUUGCUUGACCAGGAACAAACCGGCCAAUCAAAUCAGAUUGUUACCCUCCGCCGCUCCCUAUCACAGGCCUUGUCCCAGAAUGCCGAGCUGAAGACGCGUUUGAACCGGAUCCACUCAGAGUCAGUCCUGUCGGAGCAGGUCGUCAGUGUCAACAUCAUCAGCAGUCCUGAUGAGGCCUGUGAGCCUCUGCAUGUGGGUCUGCCUCUCUCUCAGCAGGUCUCCAAUGAGAGCAGACUCUCCAUGUCCGAGUCGGUGUCUGAGUUCUUCGACGCUCAGGAGGUGCUUCUGUCCGCAAGCUCAUCUGAGAACGAGGCCUCUGAUGAUGAGUCUUACGUCAGUGAUGUGAGUGAUAAUAUUUCCGAGGACAAUGCCAGCGUCACGGAUAACGUUUCCAGACAGAUGCCUAAUGGUGAGCUGGCCAGCAGUGUGUUUCGUAACGGCAGACGUCCGUGUCUCCCGGCUCCUGCUCCCGACACCUCCAACAUCAACCUGUGGAACAUCCUGAAAAACAACAUCGGCAAGGAUCUGUCCAAAGUGUCCAUGCCGGUGGAGCUGAACGAGCCGCUGAACACACUGCAGCACAUGUGUGAGGAGCUCGAGUACACCGAGCUCCUGGAUAAAGCAGCUCAGACCGACGACCCCUACGAGCGCAUGGCCAUCGUUGCAGCGUUUGCUGUGUCAGGAUAUUCCUCCACCUACUAUCGAGCGGGUAGCAAACCCUUUAACCCCCUUCUGGGCGAAACAUAUGAAUGUAUCCGAGAGGACAAGGGAUUCUGCUUCUUUUCUGAACAGGUGAGCCACCAUCCGCCCAUCUCCGCCUGUCACUGUGACUCCCAGAACUUCACCUUCUGGCAGGACGUCAGAUGGAAGAAUAAGUUUUGGGGGAAGUCUAUGGAGAUUCUUCCCAUCGGGACAGUGAAUGUGAUGCUGCCCAGUUACGGUGAUCACUACGAGUGGAACAAGGUGACGACGUGCGUCCACAACAUCCUGAGCGGCAGACGGUGGAUCGAGCAUUAUGGAGAAGUGACCAUCAGAAACACCCGCAACACCACCUGCAUCUGCAAACUCUCCUUCAUAAAGGGAAACUAUUGGAGCUCGAAUGUGAACGAGGUGCAGGGGUCAGUGAUGGACCAGGAGGGCCGGGUCAUUCACAGACUGUUCGGAAAGUGGCAUGAGGGUCUAUACUGCGGAGUCCCGCCUUCAGCCAAAUGCAUCUGGAGACCAGGCUCUAUGCCCACAGAUUACGAGCUGUACUACGGCUUCACCAGGUUUGCAGUGGAGCUGAAUGAGUUUUUCCCAGAGAUGAAGGAGCUGCUGCCGCCUACUGACGCUCGAUUCAGACCAGACCAGAGGUUUCUGGAGGAGGGAAACGUCCAGAUGGCGACGGCUGAGAAACAGCGAAUCGAGGAGCAGCAGAGAAACAGGAGGAAGUGGAUGGAGGAGAACAACAUCAAACACCAGCCGCGCUUCUUCAAGAAGGUGAUGGACAGUAACCAGAGGGAGAGAUGGGUGUCCAACAGCAUGUACUGGGAGCUGCGCAAGGAUCCAGGCUUCCUGAAGCUAGAAAACCCUGAGCUGUGGUAAAAGCCAGAGUAAAACCCUAAGGCCACUCGCUUUACUAUGCAGCCUGGGACUGUAGCUUUGGACCGAACGUGGAGCGACGGUGACAGAGAGAGACACAGCGUCCACAUGUUGUGUCCUUGCCUUAAGACGUUUUACGCUUUUAGUGAAAUCCCACACUGUUAAAGAAAUGCAGAUCCUACUCAGAGUUUUAGACUCGUCUCUAAUCCAAAUAUCUGAACACUGGAAAAUCAAGAAGCAUUUCUAGACAGGCUAAAAAUAUUCUGUUUUCCGAGUCAAAAUUGAGUGUUUUCAGGAGCAGGGAUGUUCAUAAGGCUCAUGAAACCUUUAUAAUCCUGAUAUGACACGUGCUGAAUGUAAAUGAGACUUUAUGCAUGCUUAUAACAACUGUUAUCAAGUGUUAUUCGCUGAGUUAUGACAUUUUAAAUGCAAAGAUGAUAUUGUUUGUUAAUAUGACUUGACAUAAAUACAUCACAACCUGUUUUUAUGGUUGUCAUGAAGCCAAACACAUGUCAUUAAUAUAUUUUUGACCUCACCUACAGUGCUACAAGCUGAAGUUGUCAUUAAAAUGUCAGUAAAUAUUAACGAUACUCUUAAAAAUGAUUUGACAGUGUAAUCAGACUUUUAAUGAGACAUUAUGCUGACAAAGACAGUUUGAUCCACUGAACACGUGACCAGAAACGUAUUCAUGACACAAUUAUAAUGCAUGUUUGUGACAGAUUUAUGACAAGUUCU